AUGGCGACCGUUGCACCACAGCGCAGAGAUGGCGGCACUUUCGUCAACUUCAGCAUGCCACGGCGAUCGCAGAGCGUCAAGAGCUCGUUCUCACGACCAGUGCCGCAGACAGCGGAGGAGAGAGGUGAAGGAUACAGACAUGCCCACGCGAACUUCGUUCCAACACAUGCAACGAGCGAUGACCUGCACGCCGCAGCACGGCCGAGCUUCGACGUCGACGGCGGAAAGGCGGGAUUCGUAGCUGGACCUGCAAUCCCAGAGCGAACGACGAGCUUGCAUCGAAAGAACCAGACAUGGCCAGCGACGAUCAGGGAGCAAAGAGCUGGAUCCUUCCAGCUCGAUACUAUACCAACACCAACACUCGUCAACACGCCAUGGGAGCUCCAGCGGAAAAACUUGGGCUCGAGAUGGUCGAAAAGCUCCACGGCAUCGAGCGUACUGCGUCCAGAAGUCUUCUUGCAGCUGCCGAGGGAGAUAUACCAGUGCAUCAUCGACCACAUCGAGAACGUUCACACCGAGAGGACAAAGGUGGAUGUUUCGGGCAUGCAGGCUGACCUGCACAGCCUGUGCCUGGUGAGCAGAACAUGGCAUCGUAUUGCCCAAGAUCAUUUAUACCGCGAGCUUUGGUUGCCGUCGAACAAGGCGCCUGCGAAACGAAGGUGGUCGAGAGACCACCGACCGAGCCGUUUGCAUCAAUUGCUGGGUACUUUGAAAGUUUCGCCGGGACUGGCGACGGGGACGCAUCGUCUGAAUAUCACCGCAGCACUCGCUCAGGAGCUGCAGAAUGAGAUAUCGUCUGGCCUCAAAACUGGACCGACCGUCGGCAUCUUACAAGAGCUAGUUCGACUUUGCUAUAGCAUGGAACACAUUUCUGGCUACGUCGUACCUGCAGCGGCGCAAACACAAGGUUUGGUGGAUGCACUAGCGAUGCGAACACACUUGAAGUCGCACAUCUGGCGCCUAGAAUCUAACAGGUCCUUGCCCAGCUUACCGGACUUCAUCUAUGCUCACGACCACUGGCUCAAUCUGGAAACUCUGGUCGUCUCUGCCGACAGUGGUGUUGACCUUGGCGAGGUCGCUAUCUCGCUCGUGCUUCCUCGUCUGCCAUCUUUGAAGCACCUCGUACUUUCUGGUCUUCAUCACGACGAUUUCCAUGAUACCAUGCUCUUGACUUUGCCCUCGCUGAAGUCCUUGAGGCUCGAGAGACUCGGUGGCCUCACAGACCAGGGCAUCGAACAACUGGCUUAUUGUCGCCUAGCUCCCUACAUGGAAAGUCUGACUCUGGUUGACCUGGAACUGAUGUCAUUACAAACCAUACAGACUCUGCUAUGGCACCUGACCCGGAUGAAGCGCUUCACCUUCGUACAGGAGACAUCACCCGAGCCUCAAAUGGACGGCACGACGAUCAGCGACCCAACCCGUCUCAGCUGCCCUGCUCUACAACACUUACACUGGGACUGCCUCGUCCCAGGCACAGCUCUGUUAUACCUGGCCACCGCCAUUCAAGCAGACCGCUUCCCAGCUCUCAUGACAAUCAAAACACCAUCCGAUUACGAUGGCACGAUCCAAACCCUAUGCCGCCCCAUCGCCCGCAACAAACUCACCCACGACGACAUCCAAUACCUCGCCGAACGCACCAAGCAGUCGUAUACCCGCGACCUACGAGUUUCACAGAUCCAGGCACAACUUCGGAUUAGGGAAAGACUGCAGCAGCCGAGCUUUAAUGUUGUGGUCCAGGAUGAGAGGAUGAAAGUCUGCUCAACGCACGUCAUUGGGAGCUUCUUGGGCGAUAUGGCGAGUAGGAUUGAGUAUGAUCUCAGCGCUGGCGUUGAGGGAGGACGGACUGCGUUGGUCGAGUUGGAAGAUGUUACGGUGCCGAGACCGACGAGUUUGGGGAGUAGUGAGCAGAAGUUGGAGGUUGGGAGGUUGUUUUGA